UGCACUAGCUUUAGUAAUCAAUGAAACGUCAGAGGGUAGUAUUGCAUUAUUGCAUUCUACAGAAUGCAUAAGAGCACAAUUUAUGUAAAUGUUUUUCAUUAAUUUUUUCUAUUAAAUGAAUUUAUUAUAGAAACAGCUUUCCAAGUGUUUUUAUUGCUCUAAUUUUAAAUUUUAAAUGAAGUUAUGUAUCACAAGGACGUUAUAGAAUUAUUGUUUAUCAAGAGAUGGUGAAAAUAAAUAAUUAUUAUGAGAAUAAUCAAAACAACGUGAUACGUACAGAUUAAGAAAAAUAAAGAUGAGUAAUCAAGUUAAAUUUUUAUCUUUAAAAGUAGUAAGUGUUUUUGGAAACCUCGAUUGUUUGACUAUUUAAAAAAUGGGGAGUGGAGAAGUUAGCGAAGUUUCAACGAUAUUUCAUCCAAGGAGAUCAAGAAGGCCUAGUAUAGUUCUGAGCGACGAUCAACCUAAUCACCCUUAUACCAGUCCUGCUCAAAUUCUUUUAGAUUCUUCAGGAACUGAGCAGCAAAAUUUCAAAUUAAAUAGUGGAUGUGGAGAACCAGGAAUAGGGUGCAGAUCUCAUGAUUGUGAUAGUAAUGUUUGUAGUGGGGUAGGUGGUGGUAACAUAGCAGGGGGAAUUCAAAGGCAAUGUCAAGUACAAGGACAACUUUGUCCACCGGUCUCCUAUCGUCAACGGCAUCGUUUUUCAUUAACUAAUUGCUAUACAUCAUGUUGUGCUGAAUCUGCAAAAAAAAUAUAUUUUGGAGUCUGCGUUACGAUAUGCGUUACUGCAAGCUGGGUUGGAGCAACUCAUUGUAUAAAAUACCUAUAUUUUUAUAAGCCCGAAAUUAUCAAACAGACUGUGACAGCAAAUUCUUCUCUGACAGGACCUCACCAUGAACAUCUAGUUCUUCAAUACAAUGCUCCUUUUUUUACAACAUGGUUUUGCACUAAUUGGGCAGUUCUCUAUUUUCCAAUUUAUCUUUUAUGUCAAGCAAGUGCAAAAAAAUGUUCAAAUCCUUCUGAAAUUAUUGCUGAAAGUCUUCGAGGUUUUCGAGAUAAAGGUUUUACCGGAGGAAGAUUUUUAACCAGAUGUAGCUUGUUUUGUGGACUGUGGGUGGCAACUAAUUACAUGUAUAUCCAUUCCCUGCGGAUUCUAUUUGCUACAGAUGUAAUGGCACUUUUUGCUACAAAUGUAGCUUGUGUUUAUCUCUUAUCUUGGGUUAUACUUCAUGAACAAUUUGUUGGAGUAAGAAUUGUAGCAGUAAUUCUUUGUGAUACAGGAAUAGCUCUUUUAGCAUAUAUGGAUGGAAUAACAGGAAGUCCAACCCUUUCUGGCGUCGUACUUGCCGCUGCAGCUGCUGCUGGAUCAGCAGUUUAUAAAGUAUUAUUCAAAAAAGUAAUAGGUGAAACGACAUUUGGUCAAGUUUCGCUGUUUUUCUCGAUAAUUGGUUUAUGCAAUGCCGCAUUACUUUGGCCAGUUUGUUUGGCACUCUACUUCUCUGGAGCAGAAACAAUUCAUUGGGGAAAAUUACCAUGGUCUUCGUUACUUGCGGCCAGUAUUCUCCAUUUAAUUUCUAACAUGUUGGGAAAUUUCAGUAUAGCGCUAACAUAUGAUCUAUUCAUUACACUUGGUUUAAUAACAGCUAUUCCUGUUUCUGCCGCAUUAGAUGUUGUCUUGUAUGGUGCUCACUUUGUUGGUAUGAAGUUGGCAGGGAUGAUUCUAAUUGCGAUUGGUUUUUUCCUUGUGAUGUUUCCAGACAAUUGGCCUGAUUAUAUAACACGUUUCCUACGUACACAUCCGAAGAAUCAGAGCAGGGCUAUGAAUAGAAGCCGGAAACCAUCUUUCCAGCAUCGUAAUUUUCGACGGAACUAUGGGGUUUCUGCUGCUCACGGAGAAGGGCAAACACUCCUUCCACUUCCUGGACACAACCAGAUCAACUCGUCCCAUCUUCAAAAUGCAAACAACCCUUUGUCAUCAUCCCCUGAACUUACAAGUCGAGUCCCUACUUCAACCACAACUUCAAUAUCAUCCAAUAUUAACAACUACCAACGCUCACACGCCGCCUCUCAAGUUCAAGUGUAUCAAAAUGAGCGUCUCACAACGAGAAUUCCACUCCAGCACUGCCAAAUAAGUAAUAUGCCGUUAAUGACGUAUUCUUUGAAGCGUCCCGAGCUGGGAACCCCACUUCUUCACGUCUGGCCCCUUUUCAUGUUGUCCCUAGCUGGAAAAACCGAAUUUGUCGUACCCUUUUCCGCAGGGAAGCAUCGUCCCUCCGUUCAGGUAGGAAAACUGCCUGUCUCCUUUGAUGGUCUCUUCUCAGGUAACAGUUUGAAAGGCAAUAAAACACAAACCCACCACCGAACUAUCAGUAAUUAAACGCGAUAAGAAUUAACUGCAACAAAUUUUCAACAACUAUAAUUUUCAAGUAAAAAUAUCUAACCACAAAUUUUUAACUUAUUCUAUCUAAAUAUCACCUAUCCCCCCUUUCCCGCCAUUUCUACUUCCUGUGUUCAAUAAUGGCGGACAUUUUAAUAUUUAUACAACCUUUACUGAAUCUGGUAACACAAUAUUCCGAAGUUUGCACUUAAUGAUUUAUAAAUUUUCAGUAAAUUUUCGUACAGUGGUAUUUCCAGGGUAUAAAUUCAUAAUGUAACAGGACAGGACUAAAAAAAUUAGUAUUCUUUUUAUGUAUCUUACACAAUUACUUUCAAAAUAUAUUUUUAAUACGUUUUGAUUUUUCUACAAGAAUGUCAUGUUUCAGAUUCCUAUAAAAAUUGGUCAUCGUGUUCACAUCCCAGCUUCUUUGAUACCAUUUCUCCAUUGAUUUUAUAUCCUGAUAGUCUUCCUUCUUGUUCCUUACUAAAAUAUAAAUCACCUAAAUUGUCUGAGAAGUAGUUUACACGAGAAUGCUAAAAGUACAUACCUAAUUUAUGAUGAGGAGAAAAAUUAAGAUUUUUCAAGACUUAACUAGUGGUGAUUUUAUAAUGACCUUAUUGUUAGACCCAGACUGAUAUAUGUCCUAUUCGGUCAUAUUAAUAUGGCCGCUUUUCCUCACUACUACCAAGGUAAUGAUGACUUUGACAUAAACGAUUUGUUCUUGCAGAUGUCACAUAUUGUUUCGUUUUAUUGGACAGUUACUCAAUAUAUAAGGGAAAAGUGCCGGUUGUGGGCCAUUCCUACGUAAUUUUUGACAGCAAAUAGAUAUUGCUGAUCUGAAUAUGGUCAAACUUGUAUGUUGACAGUACACAGUUUUUGUAUUAAUACCGAAGCGAUACGCGCAUUUUUUAGAAAUAGUGAGCAUAAUAAAAAUAUCGUUAAAAAAUGAAGGAAAAAGUGAUUUUCUACUUUUUUCCAAGUGUGUUAAAUAGGUGUAAAUUAUUAAAUGGAAUAUUCGAAUGGAAUAUUUUCAUAAUAUUCCAUUGCUUUAUUUGAAAUAAUCCUUUGGAAUAUUCCAUUGAUAUUCUAAGAAUAUAAAAAUAUCUGACCUUUGGAAUGUCCCUUUGGAAUAUUGUAGAAAUAUUCUUGUAAGUUCGAAAAAUAUGAUGUAAUUUUUAUUUUUCUUCAAGAAUAUUGAUGUAUUAUUCUUAUUAUAAUAUUUUCAUAAUUUUUUAUUUGAAUAUUCCCAAAAUAUUCCAAAAAAAUAUUCCUGUAGUAAUCUUAUGAAACAUCCAAAUAUUCUUGCAACAAUUCAAAAAGUGGAUAUUUUUAUGCUCCUAGAAUGUAAAUGGAAUAUUAUUUUAGAAUAUUCCCAAUAUUCUAAUGGAAUAUUCCAAGAAUGUAAUUGGAAUAUCUCGUGUUAUUAAGCAAUUAUCAUUUUCAUUUCAAUUAUGGUGGUUUUCCUUCAUUUUUUUGCGGAUUCUCUUAGUGUGCCCACAACUGGGUACAACUUUUUUUGACUAAAAGUGAUCACUUCACUAAAAUUUUAAUAAAAUCUUUCCAAUUGAAGGAACCAAUUUUUUUAUACAGUUACCUAAGGCCUUUAGAUUGCCACUGAUACACACAAGUCUCAUAAUAUGCAUUUGGUUAAAAGUUAUGAGCCAUAAAGAAAAGGGUGCCCACAACCGGAACUUUUCCCUUACAUUUUUGAUCGUAUGGUUACGUUUGAAAUCAUUUCAUUUUCCGCAUUAAUCGUUCUUAGGAAUAAGGUUAAAUAAAUGUUUACACUCACAACAGUUUAUUCAGUUUAACUGUAAGUUUAUUUAUAAUGUUACAAUUAUUAAUUAGAGUAGAGUGGGGCACAAUUACUAUUUAUUCCCCAAAGAGGGACUUGGUGUUGGGCUCUUCAUUAACUCUAGAUAAGGAGCUGCAUUUCAAAAUACACAAAAUUGGUUGUAUUUACCCCACUGUACACUAUUUAUGUGAUUAGCACAAUCUGCCUGUCCCAUUAGUCUGAUUACUUCCGUUACUUUUUAAAGCAUCAAGGUAGAACCCAGUUCUGUGUCCCUUUAGAAGACAUCCAUUAUUAUAGAAAAGUCUAGAACUGAGAAAUUAAUAGUUUUAAAAUUGUGUAACCUAAUAUUUUAUUAUUAACUAACUUUAGCACUUGUUGUAAUAGAACUUUUGUGUUUAAUUAUUAAUUGUAUGUAGAAAGUCCAAGAAAUAUAAAUUACAUUUGCAUUAUCAAAGAUGCAUGCUAAUUAUAUAGAAUAGAAGACAAAUCAGAUUUCACAUUCAAUUAAUGCCUACUUCUUUCAGGUGGAGCAGGAGACAUAGACAUGGCAUUCCAGGUGGUGCAGCUCGCGACAUAAUUGAUUAUCGAACAGGGUAUAUAAAAUCUCAUCUUCGAUCUCCAUCAGGAAGAGUUCGGUGACUAAUUUCCAUACUGACUGAAUAAAAAAAUACUUUUAAAUGAAAAUAAUUUGGAAAGUGGCGAAAAAAUUUUUAAGUUUAAAUAUCUAAGGUUUAAAAUAUUGUUGCUCAAUUAUUUCUUUAAAUAUAUAUUAUAAUAGUAUAGAAGCUAAA